AUGGGUUCACUGAGGCCCCACCCUGGAGCCAGGCCUGGGGGAGGGGCUCGUGUGAGAGCACCUGGUGGCCAGGCCUAUACCCACGGGGCCUGGUUGGGCUCAGCCCAAAACCACAACAUGGAGCCACUCUUCGGGGGAGAGGCGACAGGCUUGCUUAUAACCCCUAGGCUUAGUCGUCAGGUGUUGGAGUCCACCCCGGUGGAUGAGAGGGUCGUUUCCCUGUGCCUUCGGGCCAGUAAACGGUCUCUCACUGUCAUUUGUGCUUACGCACCUAAGGGCAGUGCAGAGUACCCUGCCUUUUUAGGGUCCCUGGGGGGCGUGUUGGAUAGUGCUCCCACAGGGGACUCUGUCAUUCUACUGGGGGACUUUAAUGCCCACGUGGGCAAUGACAGUGAUACCUGGAGGGGCAUGAUUGGGAGGAACGGCCUCCCUGCUCUGAACCCGAGUGGGGGAGAGGCGACAGGCUUGCUUAUAACCCCUAGGCUUAGUCGUCAGGUGUUGGAGUCCACCCCGGUGGAUGAGAGGGUCGUUUCCCUGUGCCUUCGGGCCAGUAAACGGUCUCUCACUGUCAUUUGUGCUUACGCACCUAAGGGCAGUGCAGAGUACCCUGCCUUUUUAGGGUCCCUGGGGGGCGUGUUGGAUAGUGCUCCCACAGGGGACUCUGUCAUUCUACUGGGGGACUUUAAUGCCCACGGAAGGGUCUGGCUUGUUAUUGUGCAGAUCCUGAUAGUGAUUUUUCUCUGCAUCAACCUUUUACUCAUUAUGACCUUUUUUAAAAAGGAAUGCUUCUAUACAACUCCACGCUACAUCUUAUUUGCUGUUACAUUACUGUCAGAUAACUUGUUACUAUUCAUGUCUGAUAUCCUUCUCAUCUUCACCAAUUUUAAUAUCACUAUGCAUGUGUGUUUAUGUAUCAUUAUUGUUGUUCUUUUAUUCCUGUAUGUUGUAGUCACACCAGUUACUCUGACAGCAAUGACCCUGGAGCGCUACGUGGCCAUCUGCAUGCCCCUGCAACAUGCAGAGCUGUGCAACACAUGUCGAACUAUACAUUACAUCCUCAUCAUUCACAUCCUCAGCUUUGUGCCCUGUGUUGUUAUUCUCUCCUCCUUUUUUGCUUCAGCACCCCUUAGCUUCUACAGUCAGUACAGGGUAUGUUUCGGGGAGACUGUCAUUUUUCACAGCUGGCAGAAUCAUCUUAGGUCAGCUGUGUUUCAGUUUUACUUCUUGAUCAUGUGCAUCAUCAUUGCUUUCUCCUAUGUUAAAAUAAUGAAAGUGGCCAGAGCUGCAUCAGGAGAGAAUAAAAACUCAACAUGGAAAGGACUCAGGACAGUGGCUCUUCAUGCAGUCCAGCUGCUGCUCUGUCUCAUCCAGCUGUGGUGCCCUUUCAUAGAAGCUGCUGUGCUCCAGAUUGAUUUCAUGUCAUACAAUAAUGUGAGGUUCUUUAACUAUGUAGCAUUUUAUCUUGCUCCAAGGUGCCUGAGUCCUCUCAUUUAUGGCCUCAGAGAUGAAAAGUUUUUUCUGGCCCUGAAACAUCAAAAUCCUAGGAUUUGUCCUUUAGCAAGCAGGGGUGUCGAGCUGGGCUGGUGCACACAGACUGUGAGCUAG